UCAUUUUUACGACUUCGCAAGGUGCAACGUGGAUUUAGCUCCAGCGUCUUCCAAUCUGCGUCCCUUCGCAGAGAGAGAGAGCAGAGAACGCCAUGGAGAAUCCAGGGCUGAAGAGAAUGGUCAGCAUGAGAGAGCAGAUCAAGGUCUCUCUCUAUUCUCACCGGAACGAUCUCGCUUACCUCCUUUCCAGUUGUCUUGAUCGUUGGAGUUUCUGCUUCAAGCAAGCUUGGCGGGAUUUGUACGAACUUUGUUCGAGAGAAGGUGAUCCUAUAAGAUGGCAGAUAUGCUGCUUCUGGUACUGUAUGAAUUGUAGUUGCUUCUGCGAGAUUUUGAGAAAGAUGAUGGCAUCGUGUUGCCAUCGAGGGCGAGCAAUUGAGGUGUUGGCUUCUAUCGCUAGGAUCGAUUCCGAGAGAAGAGUUUGGAAGAAGAGCUUGCUGAGGAUGAUAAGAGACUUGAUCGUUGGAAGCAGGAUAGGAGGAAGGAAAUAAACAUCCAGGGAAACAGGGGACUUGCUUAAUUUAUGCAUUAAAACUGCUGCUCUGGAUUUGGCUCGCGAGUGAAUUGGAGUUGAGCGAUGUUGGGUUGCUCUUUGUAAGAAAACUACGACUGGAAAAAUGGGGUUUUAGGAGUGUCGUCUUCAGGUUAGUGAAGUUUUACUUGCUAGGGUUGGUGCUUUGAUGAAGAUCAUGGAGGUUACCUUUUUCAUUUUUAUAAUCUUUUGAAGAACAGAGUAUGAAUCAUUGCCCAAGAAUAACAACGUGUGAGAUGGUCUAAAAGGGUAUGUAGAUCAAAGUAAGGGUAUUCUACAACCGCAUCAUCUGGUUGAUGAGCUUGAAAGCAUAAUUCCUAUUGAUGAUGGGCUAAAAAGCCUUAGUGAUGGAUCUUUCAAGGAUGUCUUGAGUUGCACGCAGGUGGAUAUAAUCUCUCUCCCCCCCCCCCCCCCUCACACCUCAAAGUGAUGUCCUCGUUUUUUUACUUCUUGAACAUGCAAAUGCGGAAGUUUCCAAUGUGCUUUCCAAUCUCUAAAAAUAAUCUGGGUUGAUGUACGGGAGUUGCUGUUAGUACUGAAUUUGAUAUGUUGCAGGAAUCUAUAGUUUUACCUCCAUAUGUUGCGAUGGCCAUCCGACCAAGGCCUGGAGUUUGGGAAUUUGUACUUUUUAACUUUCAUGAGCUUAAUGUGGAACAAUUGAAUAUAGCGGAGUAUUUGAAGUUCAAAGAACGCCUUGAGGAUGAAAGCUUUGAAGACAAUUACGUGCUGGAGUUGGACUUUGGACCAUUUAAUAGUUCAUUUCCUCGUCCAAGCCAGCCAUCAUGGAUUGGAAAUGGCGUACAAUUUCUUAACCGUCAUCUUUCAUCAAGAAUGUUUCAUGAUUCCACUUCCAUGGAGCCUUUGUUCGAUUUCCUUCAAGCACACAAGUAUAAAGGACAUGUGCUGUUGGUAACGGACAGAAUAAAGACCUUGGCCAGUCUUCAGUCAGCCCUCUCGAAGGCAGAGCAAUGUUUGUCUAAGUUUUCCUCUGAUGUACCAUUUUCUGUUUUUGAGUAUAAAUUUCAGGAACUGGGUUUAGCAAGAGGUUGGGGUAACACAGCUCAAUCAGUUUUGGAGAUGGUCCGAUUACUUUUGGAUAUACUACAAGCACCUGAUCCGUCAACUUUAGAGGCAUUUCUUGGAAGGAUCCCUAUGGUGUUUAAUGUUGUGAUCCUUUCUCCUCAUGGAUACUUCGGCCAAGCAAAUGUUCUAGGCCUGCCAGACACUGGUGGACAGGUUGUUUAUAUACUGCACCAAGUUCGCGCUUUAGAGACUGAGAUGAUUAGUAGAAUAAAAAAGCAAGGGCUGAAUGUUAGUCCGAAAAUACUUGUGGUGACUAGGUUGAUACCUGAUGCUAAAGGGACAACAUGUAGCCGACGUCUUGAAAAAAUAAGUGGAACUCAGCAUGCACAUAUUCUGCGGGUGCUUUUCAAAACAAAGAAUGGGAUUUUCCGGAAGUGGAUUUCAAUGUUUGAUGUGUGGCCUUACUUAGAGAAAUUUUCAGAGGAUGCAGCCAGUGAAAUUGCUGCAGAGUUGCAAGCUUCACCAGAUUUGAUUGUUGGCAACUACAGUGAUGGAAAUCUUGUGGCGUCUUUGCUAUCUCACAAACUAGGAGUUACACAGUGCACCAUUGCACAUGGUCUAGAGAAAACAAGGUAUCCAGAUUCAGAUAUAUAUUGGAGAAAAUAUGAUAACAGAUAUCACUUUUCUUGCCAAUAUACUGCUGAUCUAAUUGCCAUGAACAGUUCUGAUUUCAUUAUCACUAGCACAUUCCAGGAGAUUGCAGGAAGGAGAACCGGGAGAAAAGAGAAUGUGGUGCAGCCGUGGAAGUAGGAGUGUUUAGUCUAAACCAUGUGAAUUUUUGUGUUCUUUCUUCCUUGUUUUUAUCAUUCUUUGCUUGUGAUCCCUAGGUCGGUUAGAAUGGCAUCAGCUGUUGUCCUAGCAAAGUAUAGUUAAAUCUAUGUGUUUCGUCAGAUUCGUCUGUCACUCCUUGCACAUGAAUGGCACAUGUUUCUAGAAUGUGUAUGGUUUUCGUUAUGAAUGUUCCCUAUGAGUGGAAGUGAUUUCUUUACCACUGACGUGCAUAGAAUGUCAUUUUGUUGUUGAUAUCAAUACUGUAAAUGUAAGUUCCCUUCUUGUAUAUAAAACCUUUAAAAUGAUACUUUUCACUGA